AAGUUUUGAUCGGGAUGUAUAAAGUCGUAAAGCAAAAAUUGGAUAAGUUAUGAAUAACGGCAUUUGAACAUUGCGCCACCGUGUUCCGCCGUAGAGUUCACCGGCGUCCGACAGAAAACAGAGUAAUCUCGGAGGAGAAGAAACAAACCCAAAAACAUAUAUACAUGUAUACAAGAAUUGCACGUAAUUGAAGGUAGAAACGGAUGUGAAGAAAAGCAGAAGAAAGUUUUUUUGGAUUUUGAGGAAGAAAACAAGAACAGAGAGGGGGUGGGGGUGGUAGGGUUAUGGGGGGAGGUGGGGGCAAUUGAGAAUUGUCUCCUUCUCCGGAAUUUUUUGUUGCCUUUUUCUUCUUGACAUUAAAGACGAUAAUCAGAUUACCGAUAUCCAAAAAAAAAAUAUAUACAUGACAUAAAUACUAUAUAUAGCAAUAUUUUCCCUUCAUUUUUCCCCAUUUACCCAUUUGCUUACUUUGUCUAGAACAUUCCAUGUUGUCAAUGGCCUCUAAAACCCUACAAUUUUCUUGGGUAUAAUCAGGAUUUUUUUUUAAUUUUUUUUUUUUGGUUGAUAAGGAAGGGGGGUUAUGGGUUCUUGUGGAAUCGGUAAUCGGGUAGAAAUGGAGCCUCGAUGGGUGGAAAUGUUGGGUCCUGAUCCAUCGGCAGUUACAGAGGAUUGUUGGGCUGUUGCUGAAGAAGCUGUACAAGAGGUUGUGAAUUGUGUUCAUCCGACUCUUGAUACUGAAGAGAAGAGGAAAGAUGUUGUUGAUUAUGUGCAGAGACUCAUCAGAUGUUCUCUUGGAUGCGAGGUUUUCUCAUAUGGAUCAGUGCCACUGAAGACCUACCUUCCUGAUGGUGACAUUGAUUUGACUGUUUUUGGCAGUCCUGUUGUUGAAGAAACAUUAGCCCGUGAUGUUCUCGCUGUUCUGCAGGAAGAAGAGCUAAAGGGAAAUACUGAGUAUGAUGUCAAGGAUCCCCAAUUUAUUGAUGCUGAGGUUAAGCUCGUGAAAUGUAUUGUACGAAAUACUGUGAUAGAUAUUUCCUUUAAUCAGUUAGGAGGACUUAGCACACUCUGUUUCCUUGAGCAGGUAGAUCGCCUUGUUGGUAAAAAUCAUCUAUUCAAACGUAGCAUUAUUUUGAUAAAGGCUUGGUGCUAUUAUGAAAGUCGUGUUCUUGGUGCACAUCAUGGUCUAAUUUCUACAUAUGCUCUGGAAACACUGGUCUUAUUUAUAUUCCAACUGUUCCAUUCAUCGCUAAAUGGUCCUCUAGCGGUUCUCUAUAGAUUUUUGGAUUACUACAGCAAAUUUGAUUGGGACAACUAUUGUAUCAGUUUGAAUGGUCCAGUAUGCAAAUCAUCCCUUCCUGAGUUAUUUGUUGAGAUGCCAGAUUAUAUAAGCAAUGAGUUGUUGCUAAGUGAGGAAUUUUUAAGGAACAGUGCGGAAAUGUUCUCAGUUCCAUCCAGGGGUCUUGAGUCGGACACACGACCAUUUCAACAGAAGUAUCUAAACAUAAUUGACCCCUUGAAGGAAAAUAAUAACCUUGGACGUAGUGUCAGCAAAGGUAAUCUCUAUCGAAUACAAAGAGCUUUUAAGUAUGGGGCCCGCAAGCUUGGCGAUAUUCUUUUGUCACCGUAUGACAAAGUUGCUGAUGAGAUCAAGAAGUUCUUUGCAAACACUAUUGAGAGGCAUAGACUCAAUCUUGUGGCUGAAUUGCAAUAUUCCAACCUAAUUUUUGGAGAUGAAGACACAUGUUCUUCAUUAUCCCCUGCUGAAUUUUAUGCCAAUGCUAGAAUGCUUCUGAAAUCAUCAGACGGUGAUUUUGAGAAUGAUAGCCUGAAAAAGGCAUAUACAUCAAUAUCAAAUGAGUUGUUGAGUAGUUUGAUGAAUGGAGCUUCUUCAGAAAUGGUGUCAGAAACUGGCUCCUUUUCAGAUGAUGCACUAGUGUCAGGAUUCUGUCAAUACAGAUAUGCAAAUGAUCCUUUAGCUUCUGUACCUCUAAAUCUAGGUGUUUCAAAUGGCUCAUAUGACUGUAGUUCUAAUGGAAAUUCCAUGAGUUCUCUUUCUUGGAAGCAUUACUAUGCUCCUCCGUUCUAUUUCAAUAAAUCAUCUGUUGAAAAUGGGAACUCUGGACCUGAGUUGUGCCAAAGUGACCUAUCUGGUUCUUGUUUGGGGGUGGAAACCCCAGAGUGCCCUCAGGAGAGCAGCAGCAUCUACAAAGCAGGUACUGAUUGUAGUGAGGACUUCUGGUCUGGUGGUUCAGAAAUCUCAAGUCCAAGGACCAGUGUUUUAGAAAGUGUAACUCUCGAUAUAGGGGAAAGGGACUUGGCAAGCACAGCUGGAGAUAUUGAAGCUAUAAAUCCCUUAGUGGACUUAAGUGGGGACUAUGACAGCCAUAUACGGAGUUUGCUUUAUGGCCAGUGUUGCUAUGGGUGUUAUUUGUCAGCACCAGUACUUAAUAGUCCUUCAUCACCUUCUCCAUCUCAAAACAAAAACUUUUGGGAUACUGUCCGACAAUCAAUACCACUUAGAAAGAACUCAUUUUGGCAAACAAAUGGGAAUGGUAUGCUUGUCGUGGAACCAGCUGUUCGUCCUUCUGGCAAUGCUCUAUCAUCUGAUGCUACUUUACGUUCUGGCAAGAAAGAAAUGGCUCAAGGAACUGGCAUCUACUUUCCGAAAACGGAAUAUCAGCAGGAGAGACGUAAAGGACGGACUAAGAGUAAGGCAUUAGGAAGUCAUGGUCAGUUUCAUUUGCAUAGUGGCACCCAUAGUUACGAGGUUGCAUUUUCUGAUGCAAAUCAUUCAGAGGAGAUUUCAGCUGUCAAAUCUUCUGUUGGAGGUCGUGAGAAGUUAGCCUCUUCUAGCCAAUCUGGUGGCCUCCUCGAAGAAUCUCAUGCCAAUGCUUUCUCGAAUUCAUCAUGUAGAAUUGAAUUUGGAUCUCUGGGUAAUCUCUCUGAGGAUGUGCUUUCACACACUUCUCGUGAUGUGAUUCUGAUUCCAAGUGCCCCACAAAAAGUGCAACUUCCAGAACCUGCUUGUAGUAAGCAAGGAAGGGAUGCAGAGCAUUCGUUGAGGCUGAAGAACGAAGAUGAGUUCCCUCCUCUACCAUUGUGGAAGGUUUAGGAUUUCCUCCUUGUUUGAAGACUGAAAGGGAAUUUUACAGUGAAAACUAACAAAAACAGAUACUUUAGGCAGAUAUCAGAUAUUAAAAAAAAAAAAAAAAAAAAAAAGAAAAGAAAACUUGAAGACGGUAUUAUCCUAGUAUGUCUUUUUUUUUUUUUUGGAUGCACAUCUAGGUGGGAACCAUUUUGGUAGCAGGAGAGUACAACAAUUACAGCUUAGUUCCGAUCUAGGUGAAGCCCAGCUAUAUGAAAGUAGUGUAACAUAGUAUAUGCAUACUGUACAGUUUCUUUGGCGGAACUUCGUUGCGCCAUUGGCUGUAAUGCUGUAGUUCCUGUGUUACCACCAUUGCAAACUUUUUAGUGCAUGUUAGCUUCUAAUCGUUUUGGUG